CAAACUGCAGCUAAAAUUGAUGUGGACUUUGAUUAUGAUGGACCGUUAAUGAAGACAGAAGUUCCUGGGCCUAGGUCCAGAGAGUUAAUGAAACAGUUAAAUGGAAUUCAGAAUGCAGAAGCCGUGCACUUUUUUUGCAAUUAUCAAGAGAGCCGAGGGAACUACCUUGUAGACGUAGAUGGCAACCGCAUGCUGGAUCUCUACUCUCAGAUUUCAUCCAUCCCAAUAGAUCUUCUCGUAGAUCUUUGCGCGGCCGCCUCAGGUUUAGAGUCUUUAGAUAGUUCCGACCCACCGGGUGUUGCUAGGUCUCCUUCUUUUGUUUUAGGUUACAGCCAUCCAUCUCUGAUGAAACUUCUCCAGCAGCCACAGAACUUGAGUACAUUUGUUAACAGACCUGCUCUUGGGGUUUUACCUCCAGAGAAUUUUGCUGAAAACUUAAAGGAAUCUUUGCUUUCGGUGGCUCCUAAGGGCCUGCAACAGAUUAUCACCAUGUCCUGUGGAUCCUGCUCCAAUGAAAACGCCUUUAAAGCAAUAUUCAUGUGGUACAGGAACAAAGAAAGGGGUAAUAAUAAUGUCACAAAGGAAGAACUGGAGACAUGCAUGAUUAACCAGUCUCCAGGGUGCCCUGACUAUAGUAUUCUGUCCUUUAUGGGUGGAUUCCAUGGAAGAACCAUGGGUUGCUUAGCUACAACUCACUCUAAAGCAAUUCACAAAUUAGACAUUCCAUCAUUUGACUGGCCGAUUGCUCCAUUCCCAAGACUAAAAUACCCCCUGGAAGAGUUUGUGAAAGAGAAUCAACAGGAAGAAGCCCGCUGUUUAGAAGAGGUGGAAGAUCUGAUUGUAAAGUACAGGAAAAAGAAGAGGAUUGUUACUGGAAUAAUCAUUGAACCAAUUCAGUCAGAAGGGGGAGACAAUCAUGCUUCAGAUGACUUCUUCAGGAAGCUACGGGACAUUACCAGAAAGCAUGGCUGUGCAUUUCUAGUGGACGAGGUGCAGACAGGAGGCGGCUGCACUGGGAAGUUUUGGGCCCAUGAACACUGGGGCCUAGAUGACCCAGCCGAUGUGGUAACAUUUAGUAAGAAGAUGCUGACAGGAGGAUUUUUUCACAAGGAGGAGUUCAGGCCCAAUGGUCCAUAUCGGAUUUUUAACACCUGGCUUGGAGAUCCCUCCAAGAACCUCAUGCUUGCUGAAGUCAUUAACGUUAUUAAGAGGGAAGACCUUCUAAACAAUGCAGUCCAUGCAGGGAAAGCUCUACUAGCCGGGCUGUUGGACUUACAGGCUCGUUACCCACAUCUCAUCAGCAGAGCGAGAGGACGAGGGACAUUCUGUUCGUUUGAUACUCCAGAUGAUACAACUAGGAACAAGCUAAUUGCAAUAGCCAGAAACAAAGGUGUUGUGCUGGGAGGCUGUGGCGACAGAUCGAUCCGUUUCCGCCCAACUCUGAUCUUCAAGGAUCACCACGCGCACCUCUUUCUGAACAUCUUCAGUGACAUCUUAGCAGACUUCAAGUAA